GUCGCCAUAUUAUUAUACACCAAAAUGAAUAAAAUAUAUAUAUUUUUAAUUCUUUUACUAAUUAGCUCCGAGUCAUCAUCUCAUCUCUAUGCAGUUGUGUCAUUAUAAAACUCCUCUUUCCCCAAUCUCUAUGCUGUCUUUCAUUUCCCACCUAAUCCUCUUCUUCACUCUCUUGAACAUAAAAUAAAAUCCCUAGAAAAAUGGGUUUUAAUACAUCACCUAUUGCAGUGAUCUUGAUCGUCGUCACGAUCUUCACUGUAACACUUGCCUCCGACAUGUCUAUCAUUUCCUACGGCCAAACCCACACAGACAAGUCUUCCUGGAGAACCGAAGAGGAGGUGAAGUCUAUCUACGAGGAGUGGCGCGUGAGGCAUGAAAAGCUCAACAACAACAACAACAACCUGGGAGAAAACGAAAAGAGAUUCGAAAUCUUCAAAGACAACCUUAAGUUCAUCGACGAACACAAUGCCGAGAACCGGACAUAUAAGGUUGGGCUGAACCGGUUCGCUGAUCUUAGCAACGAGGAGUACCGGUCCAUGUAUCUUGGAUUCAGGGCUGACUCAAAUCGGUUGGGAAAGGCUGUGACGAAGAGCAACCGUUAUGCUGCAAGUGUUGGUGAUAACUUGCCUGAAUCUGUUGAUUGGAGGAACAAAGGUGCGGUGGCCCAAGUCAAAAACCAAGGAGGUUGUGGUAGUUGCUGGGCUUUUUCAGCAAUAGCUGCAGUGGAAGGGAUUAACAAGAUAGUCACAGACGAGCUUGUUUCACUAUCAGAACAAGAACUGAUUGAUUGUGACAGAACCAAUAAUGCAGGUUGCGAUGGCGGGCUCAUGGAAUAUGCCUUUGAGUUCAUCAUAAACAAUGGUGGCAUUGACACUGAUAAGGAUUAUCCCUAUCGAGCUGUUGAUGGUAAAUGUGAUCAAAACAAGAAAAAUGCGAGAGUUGUUACAAUUGAUGACUACGAACAGGUUCCUGCUAAUGACGAGUUAGCCUUAAAAAAAGCUGUUGCAAAUCAACCAAUCAGCGUUGCCAUUGAAGCAGCUGGUAGGGAAUUCCAGUUAUAUGUAUCAGGUAUAUUUACCGGAAAAUGUGGGACAUCAUUAGACCAUGGUGUUGCUGCCGUAGGGUAUGGAACAGAAAACGGAGUUGAUUAUUGGAUAGUGAGGAAUUCAUGGGGUAAGAGCUGGGGAGAAGCAGGAUAUGUAAAAAUGGAGCGCAAUAUAGCAACGAGCGUGUCAGGGAAAUGUGGAAUUGCAUUGCAGUCUUCCUAUCCUAUAAAGAAAGGCCAAAAUCCUCCGAAUCCGGGACCAUCUCCUCCUUCACCUGUGAACCCGCCAUCUGUUUGUAGUAGAUCCUACAGUUGUGCUUCGGGCACUACUUGCUGUUGUACAUUUGGAUUUGGAAAACUAUGCUUCUCAUGGGGAUGUUGUCCUCUUGAAGCUGCAGUUUGUUGUAAAGAUCGAUCAAGUUGUUGUCCUCAUGACUAUCCCGUUUGCAACACUCGCCAGGGGACCUGUCUUCGGAGUAAGGAUAAUCCAUUCGGAGUGAAGGCAAUGAAGAGAACUCUUGCUAAACCGCAUUGGAUGUUCGAAGGUCAGAAUAUGAUAGAUGUUGCUUAAGUAGAUUAUGACCAACUUGGUACUCAUUUCCUUUCAUUACCUUACGGGUAAAAUCAUAUAUGUAGAACAAUAAAUCUUUGUCAUUGGGAAUUUGGGAUGCAGACAGAUUUUCAUGAAGAAGUAUGUAGAUGCUUUUGUUUUUCUUUGGUAAUGUAUUUGUAUUCUAAAAUUUCUACCUAGGAACAUAUUUUUGAUUAUUGUUUUAAACUUGUGGAUUCUGCCAUUCUGGAAUAAGGUGAUUUAGUUAUUCACCUGUUA